AUGAUAUCUUCUAUUGGAUUUGAAAAUAGAUCAAAUACACAAAUGAAAUUUUUUUCAAAAUUUAAAAAAAAUAAUUCAGAUUAUGAAAAAGAAAAGGUAGAAGAUGAUUUAGUCAAUGGAAUUCCUUCACAUCGUGUCAUCAAAAUGAACAAUUUAAGAUAUUUAGAUAUUACAAAAAUGGGACCCAACGAAGAGAAAAUAAUUUUUAUUAGAAAUAAUAUUGAACUUUUAAAAUAUGGUUAUAAAGGUUUUGUAGUUCAAAAGAAUAUAAAUUCAAAAACUUUUUUAAAUGAUCAUAGUUAUAAUAAAAAUGCAUUUUUAUUAAAUGGUUUAGUAAUAAUUAAUAAAUUAAGUGAAUCAGUAUAUCAUGGAAGAGUAGUAUUUGAAAUGAAUGAAUUAAUAUCAAUUUAUUGCAGAGCUCAAGGUCAUAUUACUGGUUCAGGAAGUUCUGAUCUUGUUAUUGAUGAGAAUACAGUUUAUAAUCCAGAUGGAAGCUAUGAAAGUGUACCAAGUCAAUAUCCAAGACGUGUUUUAUUAAUCUUUGAAGUAAAUUAUAAAGCACAAACUAAAACUCAAUCAUUCAACAAAUGUACCGAUUAUUUUGAUACUGAUGUAAACAUAGUUUUUUUACUUCAAUUAUGGCCUUUAGGUGUUAGUAAUUUAAAAAAGUUUUGUUUAGUUGUUUUUGAUGGUAGUGUUAGUAUUGUCAAUCCAUCAGCAAUUAUUUCAUUUGGUUCUGAAGGAUUUACAGCACGUGAUAUAAAUAAAUAUAGAAGAUUAUCAAAUCAACAAACACCAAUUACAGGUUUUUUACAUAAUAAUAAUACACCAAAUAAUACACCAAAUAAUCCAAUCUUCACCAUUACCAUUCAACCAAACUCUUUAUUCUUUCCAAAUCCACCAGCAAAUGCUCGUCCAUUAACUAUUGACCUUUAUGCUCUCAAACAAAGAAUUGAUUUAAUUCCAAUACCGUAUUUAAAUUAA